ACCACUGCAUGGACGUUAGACACUCCAUAUCCGGGCAGAGAUCGAGAGAGAGAGAGAGAGAAGGACAUACCUCAGUAGUGCCUCAUCUCAGUUUCCUUCUCUUAUCUGAAGCGCACUGUGCGCUCAUCAGACAUGCGCGUCCUCUCUAAUGCAUCUGAACUCAGUUUAUAACAUCUCCAGGCAGUACAACAGUCAGUUUGAGGUUUAAUUAAAUAGGUUUCGCGAUGGCUGAAGAAGACAGUGCGAUCGGUCGAGUUUUACCUUGUAAUACCGAGGGUAGUAACUUUAAUGUGUUGAGCUGGGAGCAGGUCCAGCGUCUGGAUCUCAUACUGACCGAGAGCAUCCCGAUCCACGGCAAAGGAAACUUCCCCACGCUGCAGAUGAAGCCGCGGCAGAUCGUGACGGCCGUGCGGAGCCGCAUGCAGGAGCAGCGCAUCCAUGUGCGGGACGUGAGGCUCAACGGAUCCGCCGCCAGCCACGUCCUGCAUGAGGACAGCGGGCUCGGCUAUAAAGACCUGGACCUCAUAUUCUGCGUGGACCUGAAGGGAGAGACCGAGUUUCAGAUCGUUAAGAACAUUGUGCUGGACUGUCUUUUGGACUUUUUACCCGAGGGGGUCAACAAGGAGAAAAUUACACCGUUGACCCUAAAAGAAGCAUAUGUGCAGAAGAUGGUGAAAGUGUGCAAUGAUUCUGACCGCUGGAGUCUCAUCUCCCUCUCCAACAACAGGGGCAAAAAUGUGGAGCUCAAGUUCGUGGACUCCUUGCGUAGACAGUUUGAGUUCAGCGUUGACUCGUUCCAGAUUAAACUAGACUCUCUGCUACUUUUCCAUGAGUGCUCAGAGAACCCUAUGGCCAAAACCUUUCACCCCACCAUCAUCGGCGAGAGCGUGUACGGAGACUUCGCCGCAGCUCUGGACCACCUGCGCAACAAGGUGAUCUGCACAAGAAACCCCGAGGAGAUCCGGGGAGGUGGUUUACUGAAGUACUGCCAUCUUCUGGUGAGGGGCUUCCGAGCCACCUCGGAGUCAGAAAUGAAGUCUCUACAGCGCUACAUGUGCUCGCGCUUCUUCAUUGACUUCUCUGAUAUCAGCGAGCAGCAGUGGAAGCUGGAGUCGUACCUCCAGAACCACUUUGUGGGUUUGGAGGACCGCAAGUAUGAUUACCUAAUGACACUUCACGGGGUGGUGAAUGAGAGUACGGUGUGUCUGAUGGGACACGAGAGGCGGCAGACAUUAGGGUUGAUCGCCAUGCUGGCGGUGCGUGUACUGGCCGAGCAGAACAUCAUACCUAACGUGGCAAAUGUCACUUGCUAUUACCACCCCGCACCAUAUGUAGCAGACGGUAACUUCAGCAAUUAUUACAUUGCCCAAGUUCAGCCAGUAUUUACCUGCCAUCAACAAACCUACUCCACAUGGCUACCGUGCAAUUGAGCAGGCAGCCCAAAGAGUGAGCAGUGAUGGUGAAAAAGCACUAUCAUUGAAUUAUCAAAAAAAAGCUGAACCCGUUUCCCAAUUUACCCUGAGUAUUACAGUGCAGCCAAAGAGACUAUUUACUUCCCUAUGUGAACUGUAAACUGCACUGAUGAUCUGGGGUCAGUGUAAAACAGCUCUGGUGAGGUUUGCAUCUCCAAUGCAGACAGGGUUUCUUAUCUGAAGUGAGUUGGCUGUUUAUUUGGAGGGCGACAUCUGCUCUGCCUUGCUUAAUUCUUGGCUGAUUGUGUGGCUUUAAACUUACUAACAGAUGUCAAGCAACUUCUGUCAAAGGCCACUUGACACUGUCACAAACCUUUGCUGCAAGUCAUAAGAUGCAGUAAAGAGAAUUGUUGGCUUUGGGAAAGCAGUGUUGGUGCACCCUUUAGUCCAAAUGGGAGUAGACGAAAAUGGGAGUUUUACCUAGUCCAAAUGGGAGUAUUGAAAAAUCUACUAUAUACAGUUUCUGAAUGCAGUCAGUCUAAAUGAGGGGAAAAUAAAUGAAUAUAGAGAAUAGUUCACCCAAAAAUUAAGAUUCUGUCAACAUUUACUCAUAUCUGUAUGUCAUUCUUUCUAGAAUGUCCAAGCCGCUCUUUUUCAAAUGAAAGUGAAUGGUGACCACGGCUGUCAAGCAACAUUUUCAGUCAAUAACAAUUUAAAUUUCAGGAUGUUCCUCAUACAGAGCUGGCAUAUGGCUUAGGAGACUUGGUAUAUAUUGCAUGAGUUGAAUGAACUACUUUUAUGAUGCUUUUUUAGUACUUUUUGUCCUUUUUGGAGCUUGACAUCCCCUGGUCCCCAUCCACUUUCAUUAUAUGGAAGAAAUUAGUCUGAACAUUCUUCAAAAUUAUUUUCAAAGAAACAAAAGAUUAAAAAAUGGGUUUGGACUGACAUGAGAGUAUGUAAAUUAUAUAUUUGAGUCAGAUACUACAACAAUUACAGUUUUUACAAACCAAAGACUUUAAGAUUGUAUUUUUAUACCCAGAUUUGACAGUACAAUUAUGUGUUAGUGCUGUCUAUAUUUGUACAUGUGAAUUCAAGUGCCUAACGUCAGUGCAGUAUGGUGAGGUAAAAAAAAAGCAACCUCAGAAUCAUGAUACAAGACUAAGGGGCUAAAGCUUGUGAAUGUAUAGGAUGUGUCCUGAUUAACAACCAGUGUAAGUGUCAUUUUUGUUUGCGGUCAAGCUUUUUGCUCUCUGCGAGACAAGUGAGAUAAGGUUAUUUUUUGAAAUGCUUAUGAAGCAUUACAUCUUAUAAUUAAACUCUUAAUUUAUUGUUAUUGAGAGAGCUGAACUGACUUUUUGAAAAGCAUUUUAUGAUAAUUUACAAACUUGAUGUGCGAGAUUUUAAUAUGCUAUCAACAUAUUUCAUAUUUAAUUUGGCAUGAAAAUGAAGCUUUUCAUAUUUUACAGUUGUACUUUUGUGUCAAUCACUGAGUUCGACAAAACAUUGACUCAAAACAUUGAAAUGUCUUUUCAAAAGAUUUCCAGUAGACAUAAAGCUCUGUUAAACAUUGGACCUUAAGACAGUACAACUCAUUAAAUGGACUAUACAGUACGUCUGUCCCUCACUGGCUCGUUUUCCUUCACGUAAAAUGAAAUAUAUUUUGUACACUUUCUAAUAUGUUCUAUUGCAAACCAUUUUUUGGUUACAGUUCUCAGCAUGUCAACAUUUGUGCCAGUUUUACAGCAGACAAGAGCAUAGGGCGAAUUCACUCGAUGUGGCACUGUCUAUUUAGAAAAUGUUCAUAUACAUUUUUUAUUGAUGCCGGUAGCAGUAUGAUGGAGAACAGUGUUACAAUCGGACAUACAUAUGCAUAUCCAGACUUUCAGCAUUUUAAAGGGCCGAUUCCCAGUAAAGUAUUGCAGAUUGCGGUAGUUUGCUGCACCCUCCACAACCUAGCACUCAGAACUGACCCGCAAGAUUGUGAAUUGCGCAGUGCAAAAUCUUUGGACAUUUAAUCACAUGCAUAGAAUAGAAAAUUCAAUUUUCACUAGUCAAAAUGCUAAUUUUUUAUAUCAGCAAUGGAAUUUCUACAAGUAAAAAUGCAAAUUGUUGAUAUUAACAAUAAGGUUUGCACUUGUAAAAACUUUAAUUCUUGAUAUAAACAAAUUAAGUAGUUACUCAUGGGAAUACCCAUUCAUGCGGCCACUGAUAUAACAAAUGGCAGCUUUCACUAGUUGGUUUGCAAGAAUGGGCAUUUCCACGAGUAAUGACGUCAUUUUUGGUACCAAGAAUUAAUGUUUUUCCCAGUGCAAACCUAAUUUCUGAUAUCAAAAAUAUGCAUUUUCACUAGUAGUAAUUCCAUUGCUGAUCUCAUGAAUUAGAAUUUUAACUUGUGAAAAUUAAAUCACAGAUAUCUAAAAUUCAUAUCCUUCACAUGAUUAAAUGUAGAGAGAGCUUGCAAAUACCAGCACUAAAUCUUUGGACAUGUUUGUACUGUUACCAAACUUGCAGAAUUAUUUUAGUGAACUUUGCGCUAAAACACCACAAAGCACAUUGGCCAGUAAAAGGAGCUAUCAGUGUGUGCAAAUUUAUUCUUUGUGAAUUCCCCCAUGUGUUAGGUGAGAGUACAUGCCAGCCUACGGCAGAAAACAAAGAAACUACUUGUGGUGAUUGAGAAUUGCGUUUUCUAGCUUUCUUGAGGGGCAUAUUUUUGCUGAAGCACUUCUGAUGGUUGUACACUAUUUGCUGUAACACCCAAGCAGGGAAUUCGACAGCUCCUGCUGAAGCGGUCGAACUAAGACAGGCUGUGUUCAUUCGCUCCCAUUGCAGCUGCUCCGCCGCUUAACAUGACCCAUCAUUCACCCCCUGUUAACAGAGUGUUAACCUGUUCCUGAUUAAUUGUGGGGCGGAAGGAAGUAGACCAUAUAUGUUUAGACUUGAAAACAAGACUUGAGAAGAGAAGAAAGGCAUGUGAAAGAGUGUGAGGGGAAAGUGAGGACGCUGAAGAGGAGGGAGGGAGGGCUGGAGAGAUGGGUGCAGCUGGUGAAGGGGUUUAUCUCCUGCAAUAAAUGUCUUUUAAUCAGUACUGCUUAUUGCAUAAAUAUGAGAAAUCUGGCUGAACAGACACAAGUAGGGUUUUUUUUAAUGGGAGAGAGAAGCAAAGAUAAUUUCAUUUUGCUUGGCUGGAAUGCAAUGAUAAACUGUUCAUUUGGGAUUUUAAUAUUUGUAUCACACUGAUGUCAUGACUCAACCCUAGACCAUUUAGCAUUAUACAGUUGAAAUAAAGCAAAACAACACAGAAUAUUGUCAAUCUGUAAGACAUUUCCAGAUUUACUCAGAGAGGGCUUAAAAAAGUCAAUGCAUAUGUUUAGAGUGGGGUCCAAAAGUCUGAGGGCACUAGUGAAAAUUCCUCUAUUUUGCAUUUUUCUAAUUUAAUGAAAAUUUUUUUUAUUACAAAUGAAUAAUACAAUAGAGUGAUUCUCACGAAACCUGACAAGAAAAUGUCCUUACCUAUUUUACUCCAAAAUCAAAAGAAAUAAUGUGUUGUUUAUAGAAAAUUAAGCCUAUCUAUGGACAUUAAGGCUUUGUACAUUAUUUUUAAAUUUGCAUGACAAUUACGCACAUUUUAGCCCCCAAUUCUCAUUACGGCAAUGCUAAAAAAGAUAGUCAUUAUGAUAUUCUCAUUACCCCAAAAUGAAAAAAGUGAUACAUUAUUUAAAUAGUAAAGUACUUAUACAUUAUACACAUCAGUAGUACUUCCUUGGUACUGCCUUUACAUUUUACUGAUUUCAAUUUAAAAAAAUCAUUGUGCAGCAGCAUCUUUUUUUGCUAUUAUAUAUAUAUAUAUAUAUAUAUAUAUAUAUAUAUAUAUAUAUAUAUAUAUAUUUUUUUUUUUUUUUUAAAUAUUGUAACGAUAAUGUGAAUCAUCACCGGAAACAAUUGGAAUAGUAAAAGUGAAACGUCCGGGCAUGAUACAGCAAAGAGAACUGAGGGGGAACUCUUAUUUGUCGAAAAUGUAGGCUUCAUUUUCUUGAUGCAAAAUAAUUUCUUUAUUUUUUUAUUUUUUUAUUAUUGAUUAAAAAGUACCAGGACAUUUUUUGACAGGUUUGAUGAGAAUCACACAGUAUAACAUCAGCUUAACCAUUUAAUUUAAAGGUGAAUUUUGAGUUGUGAAGGUAAAUUAAAAAAUUCAACUGAAUUAAAAGUAUUUGGUAUGUCCCCCUUUUGCUUUAAUGAUAACAAGCACUGGAGCUGGCUUGAACGAAACCUGAUGAUCAUGUUAUCCAGCAUGAUUUGAGAAUGUUUAAAAAGGCAUCUUGUGUGAAAGGUCAGAAAAUCUGACCUUUUGUGGAAAAGAGUUAACAUGCUUUGCAUUUGAUUAGUUAGUGCAGAACCUUAAAUAUUUCAUAUUCAUUUUACAUAAUUUACUUUUCUUUACAUUUUUCAAAAUCUUUUCAAAAUUUUGCAAAUCAACAAAGGCUUUCUAUUUAUUUCCAGGAUUAAAUAAUAAUAAUAAUCCAGAUUUUAAAUUUGGUCUCAGAUUUGGGAGCCCUCUGUAUGUUUCUCAGUAUAUGCUUGUUAAACUGACUGACAUCAGCGAGUUGCGGUUCAAAUGAGGAGAGGUUCAGAGGGGGCAGCAGUUUGACAGCUGUCCCAUGAGGCCUCUGUAUCUUUCAGAUUGACGAAUUUGCUUUAAUUGCUGUUCAUUUUCUACAGACGGGGCUGCUUUAGCCACAGUUGGGAUUUCUUAAGAUUGAAUCUGUGUUCCUCAGGUGUGCAGCACCAGUUCAAUCUGAAUCCAAUGUUCACAAACCUGUUUUAGUGAUUUUACAUGCCUGCAUCUCCUCUCCAGCUGUUUUAUUUGUGGUUCUCACUCACCCUACAGUUCAUCGCUAUUUUUUUCGUAACAUUUUGACCAUAUCCUGUGUAUUUUGCUUGCAGUGCAAAGUUACACUCGCUCUGUGAAGUUUGGAGCAGCUCAUUUCUUAGCAUUGCUUAGAUGAUGCCAUAAUAAAUGUUUUGUAUAGAAACGUCACACCAAAAAAACAUUCUUUUAGCCUCCCUCCUCACUAUUUGUUUCUAUUUGUUUCAGUGAAUUUAAUUGUCAUUCUGCUUUUAAUUCUUUGUUUAAGCUGCUAAAAGUUGGGUUUUUAAACUGCUUAUUUUGUGAAAAAAUAAAAAUAAAAAAUGGUGUUCAAAGGUUUGAAGAUUUGACAUGUUUUCUCCAAUAAAAGAAAGGAAAUUUA